AUAUUCGCAAACGUGGAUCAGUUGACAUUUGACAGCGCGCGUGCUUGCACGUUUCUCAGGGGGCUAAACGGCCUACAGCUCUGGCGGCAUUAAAGUUCGACGGCUUGACGAUUGGAGAAACGUGGAGAAACGCUGGCAAACAUAAAUCGUGGAUUUGCUUCAACGCGCACACAGCCACAACAACAAUCAUAAUAACAAUAAUAAUGGCAUUGUGAUGUUCAAGGCUUUAAUGUGAUUUAAAAAUAUGACAACCGCAGCAUCAGCAGUAGCCGUAGCAACAACAACAACAACAACAACGUUCUUAAUCAACAACAAGUUUCGCGGCACCGGCUACAAAUUAUGAGCAUUAAAAUGAUAAAUACGCAUAUGAAAGCAGCAUCAACCACAACAACAACAACAGCAGUCAUAACAAACAAGUGCACACAACAACCACAUAAGGCAAACAUGAUUUUAUGAUUGAGCCAACAAUAGCAACAACAACCAAAAAUAAAACGAAUUUCAGCAGCAGAGCAAGCAACACAGCAAAAGCCGCACAAUCUAAACUAAAAUGGCAGAUAAAAUUGCCCAAGAUGCAAGCGCCAAGGCCCCAAAAGGCGAAGACCAGCCACUGGCCAAGACAGCCUCCUCGCCCACUGCCCUUAAUCUCGUGCCGAAGCGCACCACGGCAACAACUUUGUCGCCGCUGCGGCUUAGUCAGUUGUCGGACAGCGGUGCAGAGAGCUGCGGCGAUGGUGACGAGCAGACGCGACUUAUUCGCGGCCCUUCCGUGCGGCCACACAAAUACAUUAUUAUACCAGCCACGCCCGGUGCGCCGGUGACCUCGACGGCUGGAGCCCCACAGCUGCCUUUUCGCCAGACAAGCUCCAGCACAUCGCUGGUGGCAAUGGCAGCGGCAAUGCACAAGCAGCCGCCACGCCAACCCUCGGUCAAGUCGCGUCCCAACUCGGAUGUCAUACAGCCGGCGCAGCUGCAGCAGCAACUGCAACUGCAGCCGCUCCAACAACAGCCAGCGGCGUCCACAUCAACGGUCACCUUUACCAUUGACGAUUACGAUACAGCGGGUGCGAGUGCGGCUGCACCUGCUCCAGUAGUCCACCACACGCCCGCAUCGCUGACCAGCACCACCACCACCACAAUGUCUGGUCUCGAUGCAUUGGUCGUCUCCCCAUACAGCUAUGAUCUGCGCUCGCGCUUGGGCAGCCAUCACAGCAGCAUGCGCUCGGUGGUGUCAGCAUACCUGCCCGGCCUAAGCGAUAGCAGUUACAAUCUCGCCGGCAGCACGGCCGCAACAACCGGACUGCAGCUACCCAAUCCGCUCUACAUGCAGCCGCAGGCCUCGCUCAGCGGCAGUUCCUCCCACUUUCACGACCUGGCCAGCAAUCAGAUCUACUCGGAUGUGACAUCGGUGCGUUCGCUGGCCUCAAUUGGCAUUGGCUCCACCGACGGACGCAAGCUGGUCAUACGACGCGUGCCGACUACAGCUAACGAGCUGUUCGACAUGGUCAAUCCACAAACGCCACCGCCGCUGGGCAUCGAUGACGAUGACAGCUUCAUGGAUAUGUCCGACGAGGCGGCCCAUUUGAAGCCGCGCCAACAGCAUUGGGCCAACAAAAUGCAGUUUGUCUUGGCUUGCAUCGGCUAUUCGGUGGGCCUGGGCAAUGUCUGGCGUUUUCCCUACAUGUGCUACAAAAGCGGCGGCGGUGUGUUUUUGGUACCUUAUUGCAUAAUACUCUUCAUAUGCAGCAUACCCUUGCUGUUUAUGGAGUUAUCUGUGGGCCAAUACACGGGCCGAGGUCCCAUCGGAGCACUGGGCCAGCUAUGUCCUUUAUUUAAGGGAGCUGGACUGGCCAGUGUAGUUGUCUCGUUUCUCAUGUCCACCUACUAUAGCGUCAUAAUAGGUUAUUCAAUUUACUACUUUUUCACAUCGUUCAAAACGGAAAUGCCGUGGAUUGACUGCAGCAACAGAUGGAACACUCCCGACUGUUGGGUGCCACAGCGCAAGGAGGUAAAUUACACUGCGCCCAACACAUCUCGGACACCCUCCGAGGAGUUCUUUGAAAAUAAAGUGCUACAGAUUAGCGCUGGCUUGGAGUAUCCAGGUAUGAUGCGCUGGGAGCUAUUUGCCUGCCUCGUAUGUGCCUGGCUAAUGGUGUACUUUGCCACCUGGAAAUCCAUAAAGUCAUCGGCCAAGGUGCGCUACUUUACGGCCACAUUUCCCUUUGUACUCAUCAUCAUCCUCAUGUUUCGGGCGGUCACGCUAGAGGGCGCUGACGAGGGUUUGCGCUUCUUUUUCCGGCCCAAUUGGUCCGAGCUGAAGAAUGCGAACGUGUGGAUCAAUGCUGCCUCACAGAACUUUAAUUCACUGGGCAUUACGUUUGGUUCUAUGAUCUCCUUCGCCAGCUACAACAAGUACAACAAUAACAUACUGCGAGAUACAAUUUCAGUGAGUCUAGUGAAUAUGGUAACCAGUUUACUGGUGGGCAUAUUUGCCUUCUCCACGCUGGGCAACCUUGCACUGGAGCAGAAUACCAAUGUGCGCGAUGUCAUCGGCGAUGGGCCGGGCAUGAUAUUUGUGGUGUAUCCGCAGGCCAUGGCCAAGAUGCCGUAUGCCCAGCUGUGGGCAGUCAUGUUCUUCUUCAUGUUGCUGUGUCUGGGCCUCAAUUCACAGUUUGCCAUAGUCGAGGUGGUGGUCACAUCCAUUCAGGAUGGCUUUCCGCGCUGGAUCAGACGGCAUCUGGGCUACCAUGAGAUUGUGGUGCUCUUUGUCUGCGUUAUUUCAUGCCUCUUUGGAUUGCCAAACAUCAUACAGGGCGGCAUCUACUAUUUCCAGCUAAUGGAUCAUUAUGCUGCUUCCGUGACGAUUAUGUUUCUGGCCUUCUGCCAGAUGAUUGCCAUAGCCUGGUUCUACGGCACCGGGCGACUCUCAAAGAAUGUUAAGCAAAUGACCGGCAAGGCGCCGUCGUUAUAUUUGAGGUCCUGCUGGCUGGUACUGGGACCCUGUUUACUCUUUGCUAUUUGGGUACUGAGUUUAAUUAACUACAAGGAGCCCACGUAUCACAAUGGACGCUACACCUAUCCGGACUGGGCCUACGGCAUUGGCUGGAUGUUUGCCUCAUUUUCACUUAUCUGCAUACCAGGCUAUGCACUCAUCAACUUUAUGCGUGCCAGCGGAGACAACUUCUGGGAGCGCAUUAAAGUUACACUGCGUCCCAAUAUUUACGAGUGUAAGAUUUGUGGCGAGCAUCACUGCGAACACGACUAUCCUGAGCAGGAGCAAUAUAUGUUGGCUCAGGAAUUGGGCAACAUCUACAAACCAGCAACAAAGCCAAGCAUGAUGCAUCAAGGCCAGCCGGGUUACAAUGCAAUGCAUGCAUCCAAUACAGCGCCCCAUGGCGUUCACACUGAAUACACGUAUCAAUCCAAGGAGGAGCAAGCAACGCUUCCAACGACAGACCAGCACAGUGUCAAGUAGUCCUGUCAAACGUGGAGGUAUCUUUUCCUGUUCAAUUGUUAGCAAUUUCUCUGAGUAUUUUUAAUACAUAAUUUGUUUUAAUUUUCAAUAAAUGCAAUAAUAUUAAUUAAA